UUUGCUCAAAAAAAGGAAUACUAUUUUUUCCAAAUAACCCGUAAAUGAUUUACAGAGCAAGUAAUGUUCCUAACUCCACAAUGACAUGCACCUGCUUUCCACUUUCAUAAUGCCUUGUUUCUUGAACACGUCCACCUACAUGCAGACGCCUCGCUUGGCGCGGCGCUCCAAGAUCCGACCUUAAACUAGAGCAAUGCCCCGGGCAUGAUCUUUCUGCCAAUCACUUGUAAUUUCGGUACGAUAAUCGGUGAGCUUCAAGCUAUAAAUCGAGAAGCUCGUCGGAUUACUCCUGUCAUCGUACAGCGGCGGCGACUAGCCAGUGUAGCUCCAUCUUCCGCUCCUGUCUCUCAUCGGUACUUGGCGGUCGAGAAGGCGAUCGAUGGCGCCAUCGUUCGUGUGGUCGAGGCGCGCGCUGGUCGUGAUGGUGGUGGUGGCUGCGAUGGUGGUGGCGGCGCAGUCGUCGGAGGCGGCGGCGAGGAGCGGCGGGGCCGACGAAGACGAGCUUCGGUUCCCGGGGUUCCCGGGCGGCAGGCCGCGCAACCCUGGCUUCCCGGGGGUGCCCGGGGGCAGGGUAGCGUCUCCCCCAGCGUCUCGCUUCAAGCCGUCCUCGCCGCCGCCGUCGCCGCCGCCGCCGCAGCCGUCACCCGCUGCUAGUGCUAGUCCAGCGUGCAGCAGCGGGGCGCCUUCGCAGCCGGCGCUGCAGCCGCUGCCCGGGUUCCCGGGCCUGCAGCCGGGCAACGGCGGCGGGUCGCCGUCGUCGCCGGCGGACUGCGUGACGCCGCUGGCGGGGCUGAUGACGUGCGCGUCGUUCCUGACGGGGAGCGAGCCGGACACCCCGACGCCGCAGAGCGAGUGCUGCAGCGGGCUGGGCAUGUUCCUCAACAGCACGGCGGCGGUGGACGACCGCUCGCUGCGGUGCCUGUGCCCGGUCAUCCUCGGCGACGUCAACCGCAUGCUGCCCAAGCCCAUCGACCCCGUCCGCAUGAUGUACCUCCCCAUCUCCUGCGGCGUCGUCCUCCCGCCUCAAGUCCUCUUCAUCUGCUUCACUGGACAGCCAACGCCACCCGUGGUCUCGCGCAUCCCCGACUCCUGGAUGACGCCAGCUUCAUCAGGCAACUAAUUCUUCACCAUGGUUUACCAUUCAUUCUUUAAAAAGAUCAGAAUUAUGACAUGCUAACUAGUUGUGUUUCUCUGAUGUUUUUCAUGCAGCAUUGACACCUUGAUUUAUGCCAACCGGACCAGGGAUUCAGAUACAAUUAAUUAUCUCAAGUUAAUUUAUGCCUAUUGGCAAAUGAUGCUAUAUGUCUUGAAUUCAGAUGCAGUCAUGAAGAAAAAAAAUAGGCUGCAUCACCUGUGCCGGAAACUAGUAACCAACUUACCAUACAGCUGACCUAGAUUGGUCAGUGCAUCAUGUGCCUUGUAAGAGAUGUACUUUUCCAUUGAAAACUAUACAUAUAUAAAAGAGCAGAUUGUAUUUAA